AUGAUUUUAGAAGGAACUAGCAGAAUGAAUCUUAAUUCUGUCACAAAUCUCCUCCAUGAACAAUCGUCCUGGACAGAUGGAUAUCCCACAUGUAAUGGUAGGAUGAGCAGUUUUUUUGGAACUCAGUGGCAUGAAAUUCAGCCUCAAUAUUGGACCAAAUAUCAGGUCUGGGAAUGGCUCCAGCAUCUCCUGGAUACCAACCAGCUCGAUGCCAACUGCAUUCCUUUCCAGGAGUUUGAUAUUAGCGGGGACCACCUGUGCAACAUGACUUUGCAAGAUUUCACUCGGGCAGCUGGCACUGCCGGACACCUUCUUUACACCAACCUGCAACAUCUGAAGUGGAAUGGUCAAUGUGGAAGUGAACUGUACCCAUCACACAAUGUCAUUGUUAAGGCAGAGCAAACAGAUCCAUCUGUAAUGGCAUCCUGGAAAGAAGACAAUUAUUUCUACAAUAGUGGAUAUGGUGGCACAGUAGAAUUAGUGGACAGCAAAGCCUAUUGUCGAGCACAGAUUUCAGUCAAUGCUGCUAAUUAUCAUCCAAUUGAAGAUUCUUCAGAUGUGAAAAAGUUACCACAAGAUCACCCUGCAAAAUCCCACAAAAAACACACUCCUCGAGGGACCCACUUGUGGGAAUUUAUCCGAGACAUUCUUCUACAUCCAGAGAAGAAUCCAGGUUUGAUAAAAUGGGAAGACCGAUCAGAAGGCAUCUUCAGAUUCUUAAAAUCGGAGGCAGUGGCUCAGCUGUGGGGAAAGAAGAAGAACAACAGCAGCAUGACUUAUGAGAAACUGAGCCGUGCCAUGAGAUAUUAUUACAAAAGAGAAAUUCUUGAGCGUGUAGAUGGUCGGAGACUGGUAUAUAAAUUUGGAAAGAAUGCCCGUGGCUGGAGAGAAAAUGAAAACUAA